UCAAAGGAUUAGCUUCUCCAGUGGAAUUAUAAGAUGGCUAAACAUUCCCUCAGCAGAGUUUUCAUAUGCAUACAUUUAAAACAAAAUACCUGCUUCAAGUUGAGAGGAAAUCCAAAAUUUUGAGCCUUUUGUUCUUGGAUUAAAAGAUCAAACCCAGAUUUGCUUUUUAAGGGGCAAUAUGUGUGGACAGAUCUAGUAAAAUGCAACCAGUCCCUUUAGCACAUGCCGAGUACCUAAUGGACCCAGAGCCUAUUGCUGCGUGUGUGUAUUUUUUUUAAAUGAGUGUGAGUAUAGAGUUGAGUGGGCUGUCUAUCAGCAGCGCAGACACAGCAUAAGGCAAGAACCAAGGGAAUGGUUUGUGUGGAGUUGUUGCUCACUGAAAGUGCACACGACAUAGGAGCAGUCUGUAACUUCAAAAAGGCCUUCAACAGGCUCAGAAAUCAUGGAUAGAGAGAGCAUUCUGCAAAAGAGAAUGUGUCCACAUAAUACCGAGCACCAAAGACCACCAUAGGUGUUGUUGUGGUCGACUGAUGGGUCAACAUGUUGGAUUGCCUCCUGUUAUUUCCAUCAGUCAGAAUGAAAGUAUUGAAAGCAGAAUCACAAAGAAUGAUUUGCACUCGGAGAAGUGGUCCAUCAGCAAACAUACCCAGCUCAGCCCCACAGAUGCCUUUGGAACUAUCGAAUUCCAGGGAGGAGGGCACUCCAAUAAAGCUAUGUAUGUGCGUGUUUCAUUCGACACAAAGCCUGAUCUCCUGUUACAUCUAAUGACAAAGGAAUGGCAGCUGGACCUCCCUAAGCUACUCAUCUCCAUUCAUGGAGGCCUCCAAAACUUUGAACUCCAACCCAAACUCAAGCAAGUAUUUGGAAAAGGUUUAAUUAAAGCUGCAAUGACAACAGGGGCUUGGAUAUUCACUGGAGGUGUGAACACAGGGGUCAUUCGCCAUGUAGGAGAUGCACUGAAGGACCAUGCUUCCAAGUCCAGAGGAAGAAUCUGCAUUAUAGGCAUCGCUCCAUGGGGAAUAGUGGAGAAUCAAGAGGAUCUGAUUGGGAAGGAUGUGGUUCGACCAUAUCAAACAAUGUCCAACCCCUUGAGCAAGUUGACUGUGCUGAACAGCAUGCAUUCACAUUUCAUCCUGGCAGACAAUGGCACAACAGGAAAAUAUGGAGCAGAAGUGAAGUUGAGGAGGCAACUGGAGAAACACAUUUCCCUGCAGAAGAUUAACACCAGGAUUGGACAGGGGGUUCCAGUGGUGGCACUCAUUGUGGAAGGUGGUCCCAACGUUAUCUCUAUUGUGUUGGAAUAUUUACGAGAUACCCCUCCUGUGCCUGUGGUAGUCUGCGAUGGCAGUGGGCGGGCUUCAGAUAUCCUCGCCUUUGCUCACAAAUAUUCCGAAGCCGGAGGGGUAAUCAAUGAAUCUUUGAGAGACCAACUGCUUGUCACCAUCCAGAAGACCUUCAACUACAGUCGCACACAGGCUCAGCACCUCUUUAUAAUUUUAAUGGAGUGCAUGAAAAAGAAGGAACUGAUUACUGUCUUCAGGAUGGGAUCAGAGGGACAUCAGGACAUAGAUCUAGCCAUUCUAACAGCACUCCUGAAAGGGGCCAAUGCUUCAGCACCAGACCAGCUCAGCUUGGCUUUGGCCUGGAACAGAGUAGACAUAGCUCGCAGUCAAAUAUUUAUUUAUGGACAACAGUGGCCGGUGGGCUCCCUGGAGCAGGCCAUGCUUGACGCUCUAGUUUUGGAUCGUGUCGACUUUGUGAAGUUGCUGAUUGAGAACGGGGUGAGCAUGCAUCGCUUCCUCACCAUCUCCAGGCUUGAAGAACUCUACAACACAAGACACGGUCCACCAAACACUUUGUACCAGCUGGUCAGGGAUGUUAAAAAGCGGGAAUAUCAAGCUUUCAGCUGGAUCUAUUUUCAGGGGAAUCUCCCUCCUGACUACAGGAUAAGUUUAAUUGACAUUGGACUAGUGAUUGAAAAUCUGAUGGGAGGUGCAUAUCGUUGCAAUUACACACGGAAAAGAUUUCGAACUCUGUACCACAACUUGUUUGGUCCCAAAAGGCCCAAGGUUCUGAAACUGCUGGGAAUGGAGGAAGAGCCUCCCAUGCGAAGAGGCAGGAAGACAACAAAGAAAAGGGAGGAAGAUGUGGACAUUGACUUGGACGACCCCGAGAUCAAUCACUUCCCCUAUCCUUUCCAUGAGCUGAUGCUCUGGGCUGUCUUGAUGAAGCGGCAGAAGAUGGCGCUGUUCUUCUGGCAGCACGGCGAGGAAGCCAUGGCCAAGGCUCUCGUCGCUUGCAAGCUCUGCAAAGCCAUGGCCCAUGAGGCCUCCGAGAACGACAUGGUUGAUGAUAUCUCGCAAGAAUUAAACCAUAACUCCAGGGAGUUUGCUCAGCUUGCUGUCGAGCUCCUGGACCAGUCAUACAAGCAGGAGGAGCAGAUGGCUAUGAAGCUGCUGACCUAUGAGCUGAAGAACUGGAGUAACUCAACCUGCCUGCAACUGGCUGUAGCAGCCAAGCACCGAGACUUCAUUGCUCACACCUGCAGCCAAAUGCUACUCACUGACAUGUGGAUGGGGAGGCUCCGAAUCCGCAAGAACUCAAGUCUGAAGGUUAUUUUGGGCAUCUUACUGCCUCCAUCGAUCCUGAGCCUGGAAUUUAAGAACAAGAAUGAGAUGUCAUAUAUGCCACACAACCAAGAGUCAGCCUUGCUGGGGAAGGAAGUGGAAGAGCCAGAGAAACCUGUCAAAGAGAAGGAGGAGGAAGAUAUGGAGUUCACAGCAAUGCUGGAUGGGGUGAACGGAGAAUCUGUUCGAAAGAAAAAUGAAGAGGAAGUUCCAACUGUACAUAGAAUGAUUCCCUUUGGGAGAAAGAUUUAUGAAUUUUAUAAUGCUCCAAUUGUCAAGUUCUGGUUUCACACGUUGGCGUACUUUGGCUACCUGAUGCUUUUUAACUACAUUGUUUUGGUGAAGAUGGAGCGAUGGCCAUCAGUGCAGGAAUGGAUCGUCAUAUCUUAUAUCUUCACACUUGGCAUAGAGAAGAUGCGAGAGAUCCUGAUGUCAGAACCUGGGAAAUUGUUGCAGAAGGUGAAGGUCUGGCUGCAGGAGUACUGGAAUAUCACGGAUCUCAUGGCUAUCCUGCUAUUUUCUGUUGGGAUGGUGCUACGCCUGCAAGAGCAGCCAUACAUGAGCUACGGCCGGGUUAUCUACUGCGUCAACAUCAUUUACUGGUACAUUCGCCUAUUAGACAUCUUCGGGGUCAACAAGUAUCUGGGGCCUUAUGUCAUGAUGAUUGGAAAAAUGAUGAUUGACAUGAUGUAUUUUGUGAUCAUCAUGCUAGUGAUAUUAAUGAGCUUCGGAGUAGCACGACAAGCAAUACUUCACCCGAACGAAGAUCCUUCUUGGAGGCUAGCGAGGAACAUUUUCUACAUGCCCUACUGGAUGAUAUAUGGAGAAGUGUUUGCUGACCAGAUUGAUCCUCCGUGUGGGGCUGGUUUGACAGAAGAUGGUAAACGUCUGCCACCUUGCAUAACUGGAGCAUGGAUCAUUCCGGCUAUAAUGGCCUGUUACCUCUUAGUUGCCAAUAUUCUGCUGGUGAAUCUCCUUAUAGCAGUGUUCAACAACACAUUUUUUGAAGUCAAAUCGAUAUCGAACCAAGUUUGGAAGUUUCAAAGAUACCAGCUGAUUAUGACCUUCCAUGAGAGACCUGUCCUGCCUCCUCCACUAAUCACUUUCAGUCACAUGACCAUGGUCUGCCAACUUAUUUGCUGCCGCUGGAGGAAGCAGGAGACUGAACAGGAGGAUAAAGAUUAUGGACUUAAACUCUUCAUCACUGAAGAUGAACUAAAGAAGCUGCAUGACUUUGAGGAGCAGUGCAUAGAGGAGUAUUUUCGAGAAAAGGAUGAUAUGUUCAACUCUUCAAAUGAUGAAAGAAUCAGGGUCACUGCUGAACGGGUCGAUAACAUGUCAAUGAGACUGGAAGAAGUGAACGAGAGGGAACACUUCAUGAAGGCAUCCCUGCAGACCAUGGAUGUCAGGCUGGCACAAUUGGAGGAGGUGACAGGACGCAUAGCAUCAGCCUUGGAGAGGCUGGCUGGCAUGGACAAGGGAGAGUCAGGCAAGGUGAGAUCCAGGACUUCCUCGGACUGCACUGACACGGCUUACAUCCUGAGGCAGAGCAGCUUCAACAGCCAGGAGGGCAACAGCUACAAGCUCCCAGAAUGCGGGGAGCAGGCUGGAGAGGAGCCCAUGUCUCCCACAUCACCCACCAUCACGCCAAGGAUGAGGAGUCACUCCUUUUACAUGGUGAGCCCCAAGCCUCAGGCAGGGACGGAGCGGACUGAGUUCCCCUUCAAGGAGAGGUCCCUGAGCCUACAGAGGACCAGCAGCUCGCAAAUGAUGGCCGUGGUGAAGGAGCUGAAACCCGGGCCCCCACCCCCUGAGACCGUCCCCACCACAGCCCCAGCAGCUGCCUCGCCAGAAGGGAAAAGACCAUCGUCUUGUAUCGACAUCUACGUCUCAGCCACUGAGAAGGAGGAGGAGGAGGAAGAAGAGAAGAUGGCGGAGAGUUCCCUGAAGGUGCCCACUGGACUCGGGCCAUCUGAAAUGAUGGUGGUCAUGCUUGGCAGCCAGGGCUCUCCUCUAGUGUCCAGCCAGUGGCCAGAAGGGAGUGGGACAUACGAGGAGAUGUUUAUCUCAGACAGCCAGGUGGUAGCCCCAGAGACUGCACUGACAGCUGGGGAGUGCCUGCAGCAGUGGGAGGCUGACCCACCCAUGUACCACACCCUGGAGCGCUCCAAGAGCAGCCGCUACCUAGCCGCCUCCAGCAUCUACGCGGACGACUCGCCGAUGGUCAAGUCGCACAGUUUUGUCUUCCCCUCGCGGGGCUACUAUGGCUGCUGCCUGGGCGUUCCUGUCAAAACGACCGAGUACACCAGCAUCACCGACUGCAUCGACACCCGCUGCGUGUCUGCCCCGCCCCUUGGCAUCGAGCACCCACACUUGCCCAGCGGCUCAGCCGGACUGCACUCGGGCAGCCUGGAUGAGUUGUGUGCCUCUCACCCGGAGAGGGAGGCCGAGCUCAGCCACCCGAGUUCGGACAACGAGGAGGCCGAGGGAGAGGGCCGGCCGCCGGAGCCGCUCUGCAACAACAGCAACCUCCUGGUGUGUGGCCGGGACGCCGUGUCCCCUCUGAGCCGCCUGGGCAGGGCCAACAGCUACACCGCCUCAGAGCCCAACGCACUGGCAUCGCAUACCAGGAAGAGCUGCUCCAUCAGCGGCAGGCUGGACACGCAGUGGAACUCCCUCCGCCUCCAAACCCCAUGCCAGCGUGGCCGCCCCUCUGAGCCAGACCAGGGCAUCUCCCUGAAGACUCUGUCCAGAACGACGGCUUUCAAAAGUUUCGACAGCAGCAAGCACAGCUUCACAUAAUGCCACUGCCUCCUCUGUCCUUUUAUUGUGGCACAAAAUGUUAUACAUGUUUUCUUUUAACCCCCCCAACCCCUCCUUGUGAGAUUUAUUGGCACCUGAACAGUAUCCUGUGGCCACCACCAUAAUCUUGUGUCUUUGAAACACUACCCAAAUGUAUGUAUGCUCCUGAUGUGGAGGUGCCUGUAUUGGACUGGUUUGGGCAAGGUCAAAAAUCACACGACACCGGGUUAUAGUCCAACAGGUUUAUUUGAAAACUCUAGCGUUCGAAGCUUUUGAACACACCGAAAGCUAGUCUUUUCAAAUAAACCUGCUGGACUAUAACCUAGUGUCGUGUGAUUUUUCACUGUGUAUCCCCUCAGCACAGGUUUCUUCCUUGUCCUGAUGUUAAAGGGACUGCAUCACCAUGUGGGGCAGUGGAGUAAUGUUUCUAAACCUCUGGUAGUCCAGGGUGUUGGCAGGUGUUGCCAAUUCCCUUAGCAUUACAGUCGGCUCUUCUAUAAUGCAAUGGUUACGUGCUUGAGCAAUCCUGCGUUAUAGAAAAAUCGUGCUUUAGAAACAGUGUUUAAAGUGUUGAUGCUGUAAUUGCGUUACAGCCAAACACGUUUUAAAAGUUCACGUUUUAGAAACAGCGUGUCCAACUCAUCAAUCAUGUUACAGCAAAAUCGCAUUGACAAAACACGUGUUAUGGUAGGACAACCUGCACUGUCAUUACACUGAACAAUGCUUUUCACUAUAUUUGUAAUACACGUGUCAAUAGAUUAAUCGAAUCCAACCCAUUGUCAGAUGCUGGCAGCAGCAAGCGAAUAAGUGGUGGAGGAAUAGCCCUUCUGCUCACGUAUGUCUGAGGUGCUGCCUUCAACAGUGGCAGGUCAUUUAAAGGUUUCAGAAGUAAGGCCAUAGAAUCAAUAAUUUAUUAGCAACGCAUAUCAUGAAAGGAGGUUAUUCAAUACAUCAUAUAGAAUCAUAGAGAUAUAUAGCACGGAAACAGACCCUUCGAUCCAACUUGUCCAUGCCAACUAGAGAUCCUA